GGGCGGGAAGAAUAGCGCCCCACAUUUCGUGAAAAGCCAUCGAAGUGCGCGUCCGUCUAUCUGUAUCUGAUCGUCGUGCAAUCGGCCUCUUCUCCUUCUUCUUGUUUGUUCGUUUGUUUGUUUGUCUGUCUGAUGCUACUCCGAUGGGUAAUAAGGCCACCGACGAACAGGUCUCCGUCGUUCGCGCUGUCGUUGGUCAAGAUUUCUCAGAUAUGGACAUCAUCCGCGCCCUCCAUAUGGCCAACAACGACGCCGCCGCUGCAAUCAACAUCAUCUUCGAUACUCCUCACUUUCGCAUUUCCUCCUCCCCUCCAAACAAAAACCCUAAUCCCCCGGUGAUCCUCAAGGAGACUCAGAGUCCCAUUUCUUCGACUGCCAAAGUUAUCGCGGAGAGCCGCGUCACCCCACCGGAGUCAUCGGAACAAGAAAUAGAGGGACACUGGUGGCUUGUCGGGACCUCGGAGCUCGCGGGGCUUUCCACAUGCAAAGGAAGGAGGAUCAAAGUGGGGGACAAGGUGAACUUCUCUUUUCCAUCACGAAAUAAAAUACUUCCCUUCCCCGGCAAGUUCCCCGGCAGAGGGCGGUCCAUGGCUUCUUGUUCCGAGAUAGUGCGCUUCUCUACACAGGAAUCUGGAGAGAUUGGUCGCAUCCCGAAUGAAUGGGCUCGCUGCCUUUCGCCGCUCGUGAGGGAGAAGAAGAUCAGGAUCGAGGGCUUUUGCAGUUCUGCUCCGGAAAUACUUGCCAUCAUGGACACCAUCCUCUUAUCAGUCAGUGUGUACAUCAAUGGUUUAAUGUUCCGUAAACAACAAAAAACAUUGGCGAGGUUAAAUCGUUCAGCAACGGAGGAAUCUACUGUGCAUCCGUUUCCAACACUUUUCAGAUUGCUUGGCCUCACCCCAUUUAAGAAAGCUCAGAUUACUCCAGAUGACAUUUGCUCAAAAAAACGGCGUAUAGAAUCAAAGGACAGUUCUGGUGCACAUACUGCUGUGCCACCCGCAGAGAAAUGUAGGAAACUAUCUACUCAAGGGAGUAAAAUGGAAAGCAGUCAUGAUUCUAUUUCAGAUCAUGAUUUUAAUAAAAUCGUUGGAAUUACAGAUGGUUCUGAAUUAGAGGAAAUGGACGCACCUGACACUCUGUUAUGUGAGUUAAGGCCAUACCAGAAGCAGGCUCUUCACUGGAUGGUGCAACUGGAGAAAGGAAAAUGUCCCGAGGAGGCAGCAACAAGUCUUCAUCCCUGCUGGGACGCAUAUCGUGUUGCAGAUAAGAGGAAGCUUGUCAUUUACUUAAACUCAUUUUCAGGGGAAGCCACUACUGAAUUCCCUAGCAGUCUGCACAUGUCCAGAGGAGGAAUUCUGGCAGAUGCAAUGGGUCUGGGGAAGACCAUCAUGACUCUAUGUCUUCUGCUUACUGAUUCUGACAAAGGGGGCUCACUGUUCUCCUCGAUGAGUCGAUCCUUUGGUGAAGCUAAUGGAAAUAACCAUAUAUCUGACCAAUCACUUACUGGCCUAAAGAGUUCUGAAGGCAUUUCUGGUUCUGGCAAGCUUUUCAAAUCAAAAACCUUGUUUCGAGGUGGAAAUUUGAUUGUUUGUCCUAUGACACUCCUUGGCCAGUGGAAGGCUGAGAUUGAAACCCAUGCUCGGUGUGGUUCUCUUACCCUUUAUGUCCAUUAUGGACAAAGCCGUCCAAAGGAUGCAAAACUUCUUGCAGAGAAUGAUGUUGUUCUGACAACUUAUGGUGUGUUAGGAUCAGAAUUUUCAGCUGAGAAUGCUGAAGACAACGGUGUACUCUACUCAGUUAGAUGGUUCAGGAUUGUGCUUGAUGAAGCACAUACUAUAAAAUCCUCAAAAAGCCAGAUUUCUAUUGCAGCAGCUGCUCUAACUGCUGACCGUAGGUGGUGCCUUACAGGCACUCCUAUUCAGAAUAACCUAGAAGAUAUAUACAGUCUUCUUCGAUUUUUAAGGAUGGAGCCUUGGGGGAAACUGGGGACUCGUUAUGUUAUACAAGAUUCUGAGGCCUAUAUACUUGUGGAUGUCUGCCAAUUUCUUGUUCUUCCUCCAGCUGACAUUCAGGUAAUUUAUUGUGAACUGACAACAGCUGAGCAGGACUUCUAUCAGGCUUUUUAUUUAGAAAAUCUAAGUUUGACUCAAUUUGUUGAGCAAGGACGGGUUCUACACAAUUAUGCUUCAAUUCUGGAGUUACUUUUACGCCUUCGCCAGUGCUGUGACCAUCCAUUUCUUGUCAUGAGUCGUGGUGACACGCAAGAAUAUGCAGACCUUAAUAAGCUUGCAAAGCAUUUCCUAAAGGUUGCCAAGGACUCCAGUGGAGAUUCUAACAUUAUCCCUUCAAAGGCAUAUGUUAAGGAAGUUGUGGAAGAGCUGCGUAAAGGCGAAGGAGAAUGUCCUAUAUGCCUUGAAGCUUUUGAAGAUGCAGUUUUAACACCUUGUGCUCAUCGUUUGUGUCGAGAAUGCCUAUUAGCUAGCUGGCGAAGUACAACGGCUGGUCUUUGUCCUGUUUGUAGGAAAGUGAUUAACAAGCAAGACCUUAUUACUGCACCUACUGAAAGCCGCUUUCAGAUUGACAUUGAGAAGAAUUGGGUGGAAUCCACCAAGGUUUCUGUUUUACUGCAAGAACUGGAAAAGCUUCAGUCAUCGGGUUCAAAAAGCAUUGUCUUCAGUCAAUGGACUGCUUUUUUGGAUCUUCUGCAAAUCCCCCUUUCUCGAAGCAAUCUCAAAUUUGUUCGUUUGGAUGGGACAUCAAAUCAACAACAACGAGAGAAAAUAAUUAGUCAGUUUACUGAGGAUGAGAACAUUUUGGUACUAUUGAUGUCUUUGAAAGCCGGUGGUGUGGGGAUAAACCUUACUGCAGCAACCAAUGCCUUCCUCUUGGAUCCUUGGUGGAACCCAGCUGUUGAGGAGCAGGCUGUCAUGCGCAUACAUCGUAUUGGUCAAACUAAAAGUGUCUCAAUCAGGAGGUUUAUUGUGAAGGGGACAGUUGAGGAAAGGAUGGAAGUUGUGCAGGCACGGAAACAGAGGAUGAUAUCUGGAGCUCUAACUGAUCAGGAGGUUCGAACAGCAAGAAUAGAGGAGCUUAAGAUGCUCUUUACUUGAAAAAUGAACAUGUUAAAGAAAUUCUAGUUCCAAGCUUCAGCCUGGAGUGCGCUUGGAAGAGUUGUGAUACCAUUGCUGGUGACCGGAUCUCCCUCUGAAAAUACAUGAGCAGUAGUAAGAGCAUGUGAUAUAAUUAACCUCUUUCACCAGCAUUUGCUGCAGCAGUUGAUGUGCGCUCACCUCUGUUCACGAUGCUUAGGGUGUGUUUGGUUAGGAAGUGAGAGUCCGAAGUGGGGGAAGUCUGAAAACAUCACUUCAGUGAAAGUGUGAAUUUCAUUUAGAAGUCUUGACUUCCAUGUGUUUGGUUGAGAGGGAAAUCCCCACUUCAGUAACCACUUCAGG